AUGUCGACAUCUCAGCAUCGAACAUCAGGCGCUAUACCUGUGACGGACCCAGUCUCCGCCGCGUUCUUCAUUUUCGACUGUCCCUUUCCCGCGCAGUGCCAGGAUGACGAGUGCCUCGUAGAAGUCUCCUUCGACUUCCCCGACUCGACUCCAACACCAUGGCCAACACUCGGAUUCCUCAUUCCAGUGGCCGCAGACGUGUAUGCGCUUAGUCAAGGCGUCAAAAAGGUUUGCGAUAAUGCUAUAGCCAGGAAGCGGAGGUUUCUGAACGACUUGUAUGCCUUUGGGAAAGACAUUAAGGGUGUUGCGAGGAUCUUCAUGCCGGAUGGGUCGGAUAUCUUUGCGAAUCGAACUUCUUCGGGAAGGAUUCGAAUUGAGUCUGUGAGCGACUUGUUUACCAAUGCGGAGCGGAGGGAUGGGGAUUGUGUGCUUUCUGUGCGGGUUGUGCUGAGUGUUAUCGAAUUGAGUAAUCGGCUGGCCGCUCAGUCUACGGGUCCACCACCAGUACACACUGUACGGACACAGACGUGGAAGCUUUCUGAAUAUCAAAAGCUGGCAUCGGACACCACACAUCGCCAAAUGGAACUCACAGUGCUUCAACCACCCCUGGGAAUGAUCCGCAGACCUGGUGAAUCACUGCCUGGAGUGUUUUCUCGUCGGAUCAACGGCUUGUGGAUUGGCUCAGUCGACCAUACAAUAAUUGGACACGAAAAGAUGGAAGUCGCGGACACUUCAGUCCUGCCGCGUUCAGUUGCUCAGUUACCAGAACUCCCGACAUUGACUUUCAACGACUACUCUCACUCGAGCAAUGCUGAUAUCUCGGACAUCCUCAAACAGAACGGCAGUCGAAUCGACCUCGCGGUCCGACUGGUUAAUAGGCUUUCAGGACCAUUUUUCGGCCCAAUGCCCGAAGAUUUGCGUCUCCCAGGCAAUAUCAUCGUCUCCGUCAAGCACAGUGAAAAGCAAAAGAGUCUCAUUUGCAAAGCCUUAGAGGAAGCGCUUCGCGACUUUGGGGCGAGACCUGAAAAUGCGAACAGUAUCGCUUCCGCGAUUUUCCACGAAAAUUUCAAGCCGAAAUGGGAAUUUGACCUGUGGAUUUUACCGCAAGCUGCACAGCCGAAGAAGCUCUUUCGCUUCAGUGGCGGUUUGGUAAAAUUUCUGGACACGGAGAUGGGGUUGGAAGGAAAUACGAGAAUGUACAUGGAGGCUCAUAUCGUGCCGAAGCGGGAAUAG